CAUAAAACCCUCUCUCUCUCUCUCUCUGUAUCAUACAAAUUCACAGAGAGGGCGAUUCGCAGAGAUGUUUCUAACACAGCAAAUCCCUAGAAUCCAUUCACAUUUCUUCGCAUCUCCUAAAACCCCCAAAUUCUUCCUCAUCACUUCCGCUCUCUUAUCCAAUUCUAAAUCUCCAAUUCCCCUACCUCCGCCUCCGCCCCUCUCCCACUUCUCCACCCUCACUCCAACCCCCACCGCCACCGCCACGCCUGAAGACCAAGAGAGCCUGCAGCUCUCGCUCGAAUCGCUCUUCCUCCCGCCGGAGACAGACGUCUCGUCGCUCAAGGAGGCGCCGCUGACCGCCAGGAUACUCAAGGGCUCCAACAUCGUGCUCAGCAAAUUCGCCGGCCACGGCGUCGACGUCGUCAAUGCGGAAUUCGUGAAGAGCAGCGUCAAGACGGAGGAAUGCCCCGCCGACGGGGCGCCGGAGUUCGCCCUCGUCGGCCGCUCCAAUGUCGGGAAAUCGUCGCUGCUCAACUCGCUCGUCAGGAGAAAGCGACUCGCCCUCACCUCUAAGAAGCCCGGGAAAACACAAUGUAUCAACCAUUUUCGGAUCAAUGAUAGUUGGUACCUGGUGGAUUUGCCCGGUUACGGAUUUGCUGCUGCACCUCAUGAGGUUCGGACUGACUGGGCCAAAUUCACGAAAGACUACUUCCUCAACCGCCCAACCCUUGUCUCUGUAUUCCUUUUGAUUGAUGCCAGCAUUCCUGCAAAAAAGAUUGAUCUUGAGUAUGCAAGCUGGUUGGGACAAAAUGAGAUUCCUAUGACUUUGGUAUUCACCAAGUGUGACAAACGUAAAAAGAAAAAGAAUGGUGGGAAACGGCCUGAAGAAAACGUCCGAGACUUUCAGGAAUUGAUACGUGAUUUCUUCAAGUCCACCCCACCUUGGAUCAUGACCAGCAGUGUCACAAAUCAAGGUCGAGAUGAGAUCUUGCUGCACAUGUCCCAGCUCCGAAACUAUUGGCUGAAGCACUAAUUAAAUUGUAGUUCCUAAUCCUGUAGCGACUGUUCCAGACUAGACGUAUCAAAGGAUAAUGAUUUUCUUACGAAACUGAAAAAAGUUGGCUGGAAUGGAAGUUUAGUAACGGGCUUCGAAUGACAGAGGAAAGGAAGGACUCACGGUAGGCUUGCAGUUGAGCUCGAUUUUUUGGCUCACCCGGAGAUGCCAACCACCUGUAAGCAACACAUUUUUACAUGAAUAUAAUCUUGAGGUGGAUAUCGUAAUUGUAUAUUUUUGUUUAUGCUUUUCUAAAUUAGAAAUUUGAGAUUGAGUAUUGUGACA